AUGAGUUUGGAUGAGCUCCGAUUUCCAGGCUCUCUUAAAGAUCAAGAUUCCAUACACGAUCACGCUAUUAUUUCAGCAAAAGUCACCAGUGAGUUCGAAAGUCUCUCAUCUUUGUCAGCUCUGGGUCUAUCGGAAAGUGCAAUUGAAACGAGAAGUAUCAAUUCUAUGGCUUCCAAUUUCACGGAUUAA